UCUUUGGUUCUUUGACUGGUUCCUAGAUUUUCACCUGUGGAGUUUUUGUUUUAUAAUUUUAUUAAUUUCGCUGUAACUGUGUUUUAAAUUCACUAAUUGAUACAUAAAACAGUUAAAAUUUCUCGUUCUGGUUUAUCCUGCGACUGAAGUUGUUGACUUAUCUAUACAAUACAUUUUAACCUAUAAAUCUCUUAGAAUAUAAAUAAAACAAAAAUGGCAAAAAGUAAUAUAAAUAAAGGCAAAGGACAAAACGCUGAUGAAAUUUUCAAUGCGUUCCAAACGUUGCGCAACGAACAAAGGCAAUUAGCAAAUAAAAUUACUGAAUUAGAGAUGGAUCUGAACGAGCACAAGAUUGUAAUAGAGACUUUACAAGGUGUCGAUAAGUCGCGGAAAUGCUUCCGUAUGGCUGGCGGAGUUCUGAUCGAGAAAACCGUGGGCGAUGUACUACCAAUACUCGAAUACAAUAGAGAGCGUCUGCCGCAAGCGAUAGAGGCUUUGAACGAUCAGUUAGCGCGUAAAGGGAAGGAAAUCAACGAAUAUAUUGAGACACAUGACAUCCGAGUGCACCGAGGUCAUCGGGCGCCAGAGAGCACGCCAGAACAGGCCACCAAAUCCAAUGUUCUUGUGGCUAGUGAAUAAUAACCUUACCUUAUAGCCUAUUCUGUUUAUUAUAGCUUUUAUAUAGUUGUGAAUCAACUGUCUCUAAAUAAUACCUUUAUUGCAAUAAGGCAUACAAAUGUGUAAAGAUUUAUUUAAUUUCAUAAAAGGUAUUGUUUGCAUCACACAUGUUAUAAUGUAAAUAUUAUUUUGAGGGCAUAUUUCUUAGUAACAGUUAACUAACCAUUGCAACUUAGAAUUUUGUAGCUCAUGAAAGCUUAGAAAUGACAAAUUAAUAAAAAUACUCUGCCCUCACUAUAGUUUAAUUUUAUGCUUAUCUAAAUGAAAUGUUUUUAUAGUCCUCUGUUCUUUAUACAUGUUUUUUUCCAUUGUGUCUAGUCCCAGUUUCUAUUAAUUUUAUUGUCCCACUAGUUGAUGGCAUGAGCAAAUUAAAAAAAAAAUGUUAAACAUCUAAAAAUAGUCAAAUGCUUAGUUUUUACUGUUUAGGUGAUUUAAUAUUGAAUAUAAAAAUUAAAAGCAGAGUUUAUGUGAUUAUGUUUCAAAUUCUUUUAUGUAUAAUACUGAACAAAAUUAAUCUCUUAAAUUAUUUCUUACAAUAAAAAAUCACUAAUUCUC